GUGAAUGUGAACAAGCGUUUCCCCUUGUAGAUAUGUGGCCUACCUUUAUUGGCAGCAAGCUUCCUUCGGAAAUCGGAAUACAACAAUAACCAACUAUAUCCCUGACCCUUUGCUUCUUCACGUUGUUUGGUAUAUACCUUUGAGGAUUUCUUUGCCCUUUGGUUCACUUUCACCUCACCUUGAUAGCUGACGGCCUUUGGCCUUCGAAGCUUCUGCUGGAAGUAUGGGACGAAUAACAGAACGACUUAUUCGCCAGAGGGCGGAGCACAAUGAAGGCAUGGUGUCGACCCUGGAGGAGGUGGCACUGCACCAACAGAACAUCGAAAAGAUUGAAGUGAUCGGGCACUUAUGCCCCAAGCUGAAGAUCCUAUACCUGCAAAACAAUUUAAUUGGCAAGAUCCAGAACCUGCACAAGCUCAAGGACCUGGAGUACCUGAACCUGGCGGUCAACAAUGUGACCAAGAUCCAGAACCUGCAGCGCUGCGAGUCGCUCCGCAAGCUGGACCUCACCAUCAACUUCGUGGGCAAGGCGGGGCUGCUCAGUGUGGCCAGCCUGGCAGCGAACAUACACCUGGAGGAGCUGUACCUGCUGGGCAACCCCUGCAGCGACUGGCCCGGCUACCGGCAGUACGUGGUGGCGCAGCUGCCGCAGCUGAAAAAGCUGGACGGUCAGGCCAUCAAGCCCUCCGAACGCAUCUCCGCCCAGCAGGCGCUGCCCUCCCUGCACGCCGCCCUGCUGGCAGAGCUGGCGGCGGAGGGGGUGGACGUGGGCGCGGCGGGCGAGGUGGAGGACGACAGCCUGCUGUACGACGAGGCCGGCGGGGUGGUGGCGGAGGUGCCGGAGACGGGCUGGGUGGACGAGGCGGGGGAGCUGGUGCGGCCCUGGUGCCCCGCCACCCGCAUCCUGGAGCACCGGGAGACGGAGGCCGCCAACCGAGCAGCAGAGGAAAAGAAGCGAGCAGCAUCCGCCACCUCCACCACCCCCGCCACGGUAGACCCCCAGGACCCCCAGCAGCAGCAGCCCCCUGCCUCCUCCGCAGCAGCAGCAGCACCGCCCUCCUCCUCCUCCACCUCCACCUCCGGGGAGAGGCCCGGGCGGCGAGAGGGCUUUCCGGAGCUGAAGGACGGCGAGCGGGUAUACCAAAAGAACGAGGGCAGGUGGGAUUUCUCGCUGGAGGAGUCCCCCGACGGCCGCUGCCUGCAGCUGGAGGUGGGCCUGGGGCGCUACCUGGACACCUCGCUCAUCGCCACCGACCUGCAGCCCACCCUGGUGCGACUGCUGGUGAAGGGCAAGCUGCUGCAGCUGCUGCUGCCGUGCGAGGUGCGGCCGGACGCGGCGACGGCGCAGAGGAACAUGAGCAAUGGCCACCUGCUGCUCACCCUGCCCAAGGAGGACCCCGACCAGCCCAUCAUUGACGUGGCCAAGCUGCGGCCCAAGGUACCCGGUACGACAGGUACGGCAGCGCCUGCAAUGUUGUACGGCAACAAUAACAAUGUACGGCAGCAAGGGAACGGCUGCACGACAGCGUCAGCGGUCGGAGGAGGGUCGGCGGGUGGGAGAGGGGCAGGAGGGGGUGGAGGUGCGUCGAUUUACAACAUAGUGAAGACCCAUGGGUCAGAGGAGGGGGAUUUUGUGAUAAAGGAGGUUCGGAAGGCGGCGGUGACGGCGGUGUCUGGGGAUGAUGAGGACGGGGACGAUCCGCCGGAUCUGUAGUACACCAUCCGCCGCUUGUGGGUGUGUGCGGCGGGAUAUACCGGUAGGUAGGAAAGGAAAAAGGAAUGAAGCACUGUGUGGAUGGGUGAGGGGUGGACGUUCAUCGUUAUGGGGCGGGCGGCUGUGUCCGCUCUUUGCGGAUUUUGCGCCUAUAGCCCAAGCCAGUGACCCAUGGGACUUAGGGA